CGAGAAGAAGGCUCCGCUGCUGUUGCCCGACAUCGAAGAACCGCCACAGGAUGAGCACGUUCCACGUCGCUCCCGUGCGGAGCGACAGCGGCACGAACCUCAUGACGCGCGCGAGUUCGACAAGCGGCCUGUUCGCGCUCGAGCAGAUGGAGAAGGACGACGAGGAGCCCCGCGGCCUGACGCACGUCGUCUCCGACGGCAUGCUCUGCGACAAGGGCAUCUCCGAGGACUGGGAGUCGUCCGCGCGGAUCUACGAAUACGGCGCCGCCGCGAAUCCGGACCUGCCUGCCAUCCCCGUGCUCGUGCACCCGGCGUCGCUGCACGAGGCCGGCCCGACGCGCGUGAUCCCCUUCGACCUGUCGUCCAUGAUCGGCGGCGCGGCGCCGUGCACGAGCCCGAACUUGAUGGCGUCGUACGUGCGCGUCCUCGUCGGCGAGCGCAUCUCGACGGCAGCGCUCGCGACGUCCCAGGCCUACUACGUGAUCCGCGGCGGCGGCUCGACGACGUCCGAGCACGGCCGCGUGACGUGGAACACGGGCGACCUCUUCGUCGUGCCCAAGACCGACGGCCAGCUCGUCCACGAGUGCUCGGCCGCGGAGGCGCACGACGGCGCGGCGCUCUACUGGAUCCACGACCAGCCCCUGCUCGACUACCUCGGCGUCGCGCCGGCGGUCGCCAAGUUCGACCCGACGCUCUUCACGCGCCAGCGGCUCCUGGAGACCGUCGAGGAGAUCCGCCACGCGCCGGGCGCCGAACACAAGAACCGCCUCGGCGUGCUCCUCGGCAACGCCAAGACGGAGGAGACGACGAAGACGCUCACGCACACGCUCUGGAGCCUGCUCAACUCCAUCGGCCCCAAGUCCGUCCAGCGGCCCCACCGCCACAACUCGGUGGCGCUGGACCUCGCCGUCCACGCGGAGUGGCCCGCGGGCAGGGUCUACACGCUCAUGGGCAAGGAGAUCGACGGCAACGGCGACAUCAUCGAUCCCAUCAAAUGCGUCUGGGCCACGGGCGCCGUCUUCGUGACGCCGCCCGGGUGGUGGCACAGCCACCACAACGAGAGCGACUCGACGGCCUGGGUGCUGCCCAUGCAGGACGCGGGCCUCUACACGCACCAGCGGACGCUCGACAUCCGCUUCGUCGACGACGAGCUCGCGCUCCACCGCGGCGGCCGCAUCCGCGGCUCCGCGUUCGCCGUGACGAACAAGCAGUACACGGACAUCCAGACGCGCGCGCGCGAGGACGCCGAGGAGUGCCCGAACUUCAACUACGGCCUCGCGUAGGCGAGAUCAUCGACCACAGCCGCUCGCCCGCCCGCCUGCAUAUAGAAGCCGCGACUUCCGCGGGCCGCGCCGACCACAUCCGCCGCGGCCCUUCAAAAAUCACAUCGAGAGAGUCCCAUAGCUAAUGUCCUGUGUUGAAUCCC